AGGCCGUGAUAAAUAUUUGAAAUAAAGAAGUUCCCUCCGUAAAUCGUGUUGACUGAGUAUUCAACGUUUUGCACGCGUUCAGGUACGCAGCGAAUUGAGUCCAGCGGAGCGCACUUGCCUUUUUUACAUUUUUAAUGAAAAUAUUUUCGAAAAAUACAUUGCGGAACCGAAUUUUCCAGUGAAAAAUGCUCACCAGAGCUCCUCGGAAACGUGAAUUGCUCGGCGAGCCACAACUAAGCCAGCCUCCAUCGAAAAAGAAUCGUUUGGAUAAACAAGCGGAGCGAAGUUUUCGAAGAAGGAAUCUACAGGAGGUUCUCGAUGAGCUGUGCCUUCGAGUGGAGAGUAACGAUAGACAAUUAACAAAUAAUCUCAUCCGGGAGAUCGACACGGAGCAUGUACGGGUUAUCAGAGAUAAGGACUUUGCGAAAAGCUGCACAAAGCUCAUCAAAGCUUGUUUGACCUCAAAAAUCGAAACAGUCUCAAAUAAGAUGUUUGCCUGUUUAAUGGGAAUGUUCGCACGUGGAUCUUUACAAAGAAGAAAGGAUUUCGUGUUUUCCCUCCAAGAAGUCUGUGAAGGAUUAUCCCAAGCAAUCAAAGAGCCUGCAAAGAUCCUUCCGGAUCCCAGAAGAAUCGUAGAAACAUCGAAUUUCGACUCGGGCGCGGAAUCCGACACCGAUUCAGAAGCUUCCAAUAAAAAACCGGCGGAUUUUAAGCCAAGAAUCGAAGAUAUUCUGCCGAUGGAUGAGGAGGAAGACGAGAUUUCAAUGAUUGAUGCGUUGUAUUUGAAGCCAAAUUUGGAUUCUGGAGUGCUCACGAUUUAUACGAUGGUUCUCCGAGAGAAGAUUAUUCAGGCUGACGAAGUUCCGGAGAAAAUAAAACUGUGUGCUCGCCGUUCUCUCGCCUACUCCUCCAUCUCCUCAACCGCCAACCGUACUGCAGCCAUCGAUUUCCACGUGGCACUUGCCAUCUCCAGCAGCAGCAGUACCUCAGAAGAAGAAAGUGCGGCGCAAUGCGAGUCACUACUGACACGUCUCGCCGGAGAUCGAGAUUUCCGAGUUCGAAAGUCAGCGGCCGAGGGAUUACUGGCGUUGAGCAACGUUUUUAAGCUAUCAAAAGCCACUUAUCAGCUGGCAAAAACACAUAUGGCAGAUUCUGACUCGGAUAUUCGAAUUGCCGCCAUUAAAUUAUUGAUUUUUUAUGCAAAUCGAAGAGGAGAAGAAGAAAUUGAAGGAACGAAUAAAAAAUUAUAUGAUGAUGCAUUUUCUUCAAUUUGUGAUGCAAUUAAUGAUAUUGAAAUAGGUGUCCGUGUUGAAGCUGCAAAGAAAUUAGGAGAUUUUGAACAAGUUUCCGAGGAAUUGAUCUACCAAACACUUGAUAAGAAAAUGAUGAGAUCUACGACAAAUCAACAAGUUGUGAAAGUUCAACAAUCCCUGUUUGCUCUAUCGAAAAAAGCUUCUACAAACCGAGAUCGGCGUUGGAAAUUCGCGAAAAAAGCGCCAAAAAUGCAAGAAUCUCGUGGUGGAUGGUCACGUGGAAAAGAAUUGAAUGCAAGUGUUCCGAGUGAAGAGGAAAAGAAGAAAAAUGGUGUUGAAGGGGCUGAAAAGAAUGAUGAUGAUGAUGAUAAUGAAGAAGAAGAAAGUAUUAUUCCUCAUGGUGCAUGUGGAGCUUUUGUUUCGGCGUUGGAGGAUGAAUUUAUGGACGUGCGAAAAGCCGCAGUAUACUCCCUUGGCCGUCUCGCCUGCACACGUCCAACAUUUGCAGUUUCAGCAUUAGAAUAUCUAGCUGAUAUGUUUAAUGAUGAAAUGGCAGAUGUUCGAUUAGAUGCAAUUAAUGCUCUAACUCCACUAAUUGCACACGGACAAAUUAAUUCAGAGCAAUUAAAUGUAAUUUCCAAGUGUCUAGAUGAUGCAAUGCCAGAAGCACGUCAAGCAAUGAGAGAACUCUUGAAAAGAGCACAAUUUGUAGAUUUGAAUUGCAUUGAAAUGUGUGUAAAAGCAUUAUUAUCAUGUUUAAAGCGAUUUCCAAAGGAUAAAGAUGAGAUUUAUGGAUGUAUGGCUGAUAUUGGAAAGAAUCAUGGUGUACAAGUACAAUCAAUUAUGAGAUCUCUACUUGAUAUUCAUCUAAUAUUUCAUACACGUGAAUCAUCGAUUGAAGAUCAAGAAUAUGUUGGAAAGUUGAUUAUGGUGUUGAAUGCGGCUGCUUUUCAACCAUCAAUGGUUCAUUUUAUGCCUGAAUUCGUUCAUCGACAUUAUCGAUUUUUGAGAAAUGCGUCGCCGAAUUUGGUUAGGCCUAUUCGGGUUUUGGAUGAAGAGAAACAGAUUGGAAGAUGUAGUAAAUCGGAUGAAAAGACUAAUGAAAAAGCUGAAGAAGUUGUUAUGAAUACUUAUUAUAGACUGUGCAACGUCACCGCAACCGCUCAACUGGUAGAUCGAAACAUUCAACGAGACGAGAUUUUCCGUGAUACCUCUGCAAUUUCUCUGUAUAAUUCGUCGGUUUCCGGUGCGGCCCGUCUCAUUUUCUGUUUGGGAGAAGUCUCAUCACACGUGGAUUCCAUCACAAAUACAGUACUACGUGGCGGUGAAUUGACAAAUGUAAAGCAAUUGAUUGGACAAAGUAUUGAGGAUAUGCAAUCAAUUGAACAUCAAUUCUCAGGAAUUUCAAUGCAAAUUCAUUCAUAUCUUAUAUAUUGUAGAGUAUAUCUAUCAUUUUUGGAUAUGUUAAUAUGGAUGAUGCAAGUGAUGACGUCACAAAUUGAUGUUUGUAAUGCUGGACAAUUGAUUAUUCAAGAUUCGAAAAUUAUUAUUGAAGAUGGACCUUUUCGAGAGAUUUCUGAUGAACUUUCCACGUUUUUAGCAUCUUGUGAACAAAUUUUCUCGGUUGGAGAUCAAAGAAAUCCGAUUGGAUUGGAGGAAAAGCGAAAAAUCAUCACUCCAACAACACUAGUAAAUCUUUUGGAUAAAUCAAUUCCAAAACUUCCAUUAAAAUUCCCAUCCGCUGGAUCAAUUCAUCUGAAAUAUGCUCGAAUUACGAAUCCAAAUAAGGACUCGGCCGUUGAAAAUGUGCUCAAAUUCUUUGCUCAUUUACCACAUGGAAUUCCAUUGGAAUUUGAUUUAUUUAAUAUGAAGGUUGAUGAGCUGGAUUCGGUUAGAAUUAAAACUGUUCAUCCGGAUGGACAAUUUGAUGUGAUGCGACCAAGAAUUGAGGAGAUUCGAAAUGAAAAUUCACAUUUUUCAGUUACAACUCAGGUAAAAGUAACAUGCUCAUCCCCGUGGUCAGAACCUGCAGAAAUUGAUGUAAUAAUCGGAGUUCUUGCAAAUAACAUCUUUGUUCCCCUAUUCGCAUCCCCAUCAUGCUUCUCAUCAGCCCAUGUUCGUGUUCGUAUUCAUCCACAUUCCCGUUGAUAAAUAUCACCUUUUUUUUUCGUCAUUUAUUUUAUUUAUUGAUUGAUUUCCAGUGCUUAUAUAAAUUACUAUUUGUUUUAAGAAGUUCUUACUGUAAUUGAAGUUUUAACAAC